AGAGGAGACAGCAAACGAAAGGAAAGUUGGAGAUAAGAAGGAGAGGGGAUAUUCUUGAUUGAGGAAUGCAGUAGAGUUGAUUCUAGAUCAGGGGUAAAGAAAGUGAGGAUGUUUUCCUGUCCUCUCCAUGGUAGCCGUUAACUUCAAGGCACGCCUGGUCAUUUCGUUUGACUUCGCAAAGCGCACAUCGGGGAAGCACCACCAAAACUCGUGCUAGUCAUCUACCAAUCUCUUCACUCCCUCAGCAUUCAUUUUCAACACGUGUCUGGUAUAUUUUGAUAGAUAUCAUCAUAGUUUGAUGUUUGCUUCAUAAUAUACAUCGUCGGUUGUGUAAUGAAAGAGCGUUGAUUAUUUUAACUUUUCGAUAUAUCAGCUAAAACCAGCCAGAACCAAAUGAAGGUGGACGCUCUUUUCAUCCAGUUAUCUAAUUUUUAAUCAGUUCAUCACCUAUACAAAGCAAAUGGCCACUUUCGCAAUAUUUGACUCCGUUCUGACGCCAUUGUGACGCCAAAUCGAGGAAAAAUUCUAUCAAGAAAUUAACAACCCAGUCUGGUUUACCAGCGCUAGCCGUUCACACUGUUGACUAAUUAUUUUUUCAUAAACUGGAUUAACUCUUUGAAUAAAGAGUACAUUCAACAGUAUUUCAUAUAUUCCAGCGUCAUAUUACGACAUUUGUUUUCGGACGUCGGGCACUACUUGAGACGAUUAUGUUGAGAAGUAACGUAGUAAUGACAGCUCUAUCAUCGUUAAGGAGAUAACAAUAACUUUACUUGAAACUGGACAAUGGACCCUUUCAGGGUACUUCUUUAUAUGGUAACAUUCCUGCUAUAUGUGGUGGGACCCAUCUCAUCGUUUCGGCUCUGUGGGCGGGAGCUCGCCGAUGCCCUGGCUGUCGUCUGCAAAGGGCGAGGAUACUAUAUCGACGAUUCAGAGAUCGCACAAAAAGAUUCGCCGAUUGUACCCCAUCAUGUCGCGUCAAGCUUCUUGGGUUCGUCGAGCGCUUCAGCUCACAGUCGGCAACGGCGGCGGGUCCGGACAGGACAGAUCGUCAACGAAUGUUGCGACAAGGAGUGCUCAAACAACAUCAUGGAAAGUUAUUGUAACAGAAGAACUCCCGAAGUACCCCCCGAAAGCGUCAUCUCAGAGAACCCAUCAGAAGAGAUAACGGAAGACUCCACGUUGCGCACAGACGGCGAAUCAACGGAGAUACGGACGGACAUAAAUCCCGCCACUAAUCUUGAAGUGCCGAGUCCGGACGAAAAUACGCCGGACGCAACCGCGACGUCGGAUGUCGAGCAACCGCGUUCCGAUAAUACAACCGCAGUAGAAAAGCCGAGGAAGAAAGACAAUGGCAAAGGCAAAAAUUCUUCUUUAGAGUCGUCAACAAAAAAGAACAGGACUUCCAAAGGUAUGAGUAAAGAGGAUAGAAGGCGGAUUGCCAGUGAUGAAAGGAGGGCUAGUAGGGAACGAAAGAAGGAGCUGAGCCGGGAGAGGAGAAAGCGGUUGAAACUGCAGCAGAGGAAAGACAAGAAGAAAAGAAGCGGUUGGAAUCAGCGGAGAGGAAUAGAGGGACAGACCACAUGGGGCUGAGCGAAGACUCGACGCUGCUUGCAAGGGAACCCUUAGGCAUUGAUGUACGAAAGCGGUUUCAUCACACGCCGCGGUCAUCGAGAGAGCAAGCGUCAACAGCGACACACGCGUUAGACGACGAUCCGGCGACGUCGCGGCAAGAACGACGCCGAACUCAGUCUCGUCCUAGCUCGCGAGAGCGAAAGACGCAUAGAACGACAACAGCGACAGCGAGGGAGGAAGAAAUGCAACGUGAAAGAAGGAACGUUAUGCAACGCCUUACCGGUCUGUUUCUCUGAUAACGCUGUGUAAUGCUAGGACAGAUUUGUCAGGUUCUGCGGGACUAUGUCAGUAACUUACAAAGAUGACGCUGGUAUUUGCAAUCUCGUGACUCUGAAAUUAUCGGAGAUGUAAAAGAAUGAACCGAUAUUAGGCUCCUGCUGCAGAUAAACAAUGGUGCCGAAACUGUAACGAGGACCAAGACCUGUAUCUUCAUGAUAUGCAAAGGAGUGUAUUCAUAUUUGCUACGAUUGUGAUACGACGUUACUACGAUUUGAGGGCGAUGUGUGUACGGUGUUACCAAGAUGUAACUACGAUGUUGAGGUACAACACAUGCUGAAGAGAUACAAAGCUGCUUUAACAUGAGAAAGUGUCCUUUACGCAUGUGGCGAGUGAUGGGUUUCCUUAACGAUCGUUUUGAGGAUGUUGCAUGGCAACAUAAUAACUAUGCAAACUAAACAUUAUUGAUUGCAGACGUUUGGGAUCAUAACGAUGACGGCUAUAACUGAAAUGCAAUCGUCAGAUAAAACGUAACCAAUAACUUUGAAAAUUGCCACGACCUUCGGCGAUAUUUGAUACCACGAUGUGCCACGAAUGUGACACGAAAAAUCCAUUGUAUUCAUUUAUUUUCCCGACUUUGGCUGAAUUUUGUCGUAUUAUGGCUGAACCAGUUGCUGAAUUUCGCUGAUUUUUUUAAAACUGUAUUUUACCUGUCUUAAAUUUUAAAUUACCAAUCGUUACACGUUCCUGUAGCAGUUUUACUUUACUGUAUAUACAAUCUGAAACUUAUUUUUAGAUACAGUCAUAAUGAUGUAUAUGAUAACAUAACAUUAAAACGACGGAGGUUUUGUGAGCAUUAUGGAAAAAGGUGAUUAUAAAGAAUCCAUGGAAUAGAUUGGAAUUAACAAAUUAACAGAUGUACAAUUAAUAUUAGGGGAACGAGACAGUAACUUUGAUAACUUUGAUGAGUGAAAAUAAUUUUUUCUAUUUAUUGUAAACAAUAACUAAUCAAUUCUACAUGACGUAGAGUAAUUUUCUAUUUUAAAAUGUGACGAUUUUUGUCGAGAUGUAAGUGCGCUUCUCUGAUCAAAAUAAUCUUUUCUAAUUUAUUUUUGUUCGCAAGAAGGUGACUAGAAAUAAGAAAUUUUCUGCUACAGCAAUUUGUUUUCAUGAUUAACUAUAUUAUUUAGGAUCAAUCUAGAUGAAAGUGGACUCUAACCUACAAAUAAUGUUAUUCAAUAGUUUUAUUGUGCAUUGUAUUCAUUUUUUGUACAAAGAAUAAUGUAUUCACUUGACUGUGAUAUUUUUGUAUUUUUUCUAUAGAGUAUGAAUCCUGAUGAAUCGUUCUUUUAACAUUUGAACUGUGUAAAUAUUCAUUUGGAACCUUGGUAUUCCGUUUUUAUUUAAAUACAUUGGCGAUAUAUUAUAGAAAAAGCCACGAACGUGGUAUGUAUUUAUUGAUUGUAAUAAUGAUUUCAUAAGGAGACUUACGUGAGCCUACUCUUAGCAUGUUUGUGGGUUGUAAUUCUUGCAGUUAUGGCGUCCCAUUUCCUUCUCCUCGGCCCCUCCUUCUUUCCGAGUCUUAUCCAUGCCUCUUCUCUUUUUUUAAAAAUAUGCCAUCUCGAAUGUAUAACGGUACCUGCAGCCUGCACUUUGUCACUUUGUCUAUUAAUACAUAUCAUCAUUAUCAUCUGAGCAUUUAAGUAAGCGAUACAAUAGUAUCCUUCAAAUUUAAAAAUAUUGUAUUCACUGAAUAACUAUACAAGGAUUGGCAAAGAAAAAAAUACCUUUAUAAUGCAUCUACGUAUCAAAGUGAUGUCUCCGCGACCGUUUAGGUUUUUUGUUUUUCUUUAUUUUUAAACAGGUUUAUCCUCUAUAAAGAUACAUUAUCGCUGUAGACUGCCUUUAAUUUUAGUGAGAUCUCGGUCGUUCCGUAUAAAUUAUCAAUGGAAACUUGCUGCCGCUUUCUUUUGUUUUCUUCAUGUUAUUACUUAUUUGAAGAAAAAACUAUUAAACACAGUCUGAUUCAUUAAAGAUGUUAUAAUUGAUUAAGCUACAUUUCAUGACAUUUACAAUCAUCUGGGGUCGUAUGUUCAUGCACUUAUAAUUUCUUCAUAACCUUCCUUGAAUUAACAGAGCAUUUAUUUGGCUUAAAAUAACGAAUCCAAUCGGAUACUAAAUGAGUUAAAUUUAGUUGAAUUUAACGAAUUAGAUAGUAUAACACAUCUUAUCACGAGGUUUAAAAAGUUGACAUGCAAGACAAUUAUUUUGCGGAAAUUGUGUUUAUUUAUAGAUAACUUAACUUUAGCAUAACAAAGUAAAAAAUAAACACAACCAAAUGUCUUUUUCAAUCUAGUAUUAAUUAUGAUAUUAUAAACAUAACACAUUUGUAUUCAUGCCUAUUAAUACUGAUACCUACCAGUUAUAUGACCAAAUAUACAAAUCAACGUGUAUUCACUGUUUGUAUUGCACGAAUGAUAUGAUAUCUAUUUAAACAGCUGCACUUUUGUGACAUUUAUGCUCGAUUCACUACAAAGAUUAUCUUCUCGCUUUAAAAUACAUGUAGUUUGAAUGAAAGGAUUUUUUUUUAAAGUGUCAAAUUUCAUUUGUAUAGCAUGAAAGGGAAAUCGUAAUUAUUUCAACUAGUAUUACAUGAUUUAAAAUGAGUUUUUUUAAGCACUCCAAAACAUUUCUUUUUUUAGAUGAAAGCUUUUGAUGUGAAAUAUUUUUCAAACGUAAUACCUUACUAGAUCUUAAAAUGUUGCUCCUAAAAAUGUAUAACAUUAUAUUUCGUAUAAAACUGUAUACAAGAGUUUUAAUCACAUUUUUUUUUAAUAGAAAGACUCAAGAGUUUUUUUUUUCCUGAAAAAAAUUGCCUCAUCUCCUACCUCCAUUAAAAAAUUAUUAUGGUAUUGUUAUGAAAUAGUCAAUACGUUUAAUGAACAAAAUAUCAAAACAUGUUUGACCUCAUCAUUAUUAUUUUUGUAAUUUUUACUAGUCCAAAAAAGUAUUAUUAGAAUUUAAAAAAAAUCACACUUCUAAAAAUCUUUGUUAUUCUAACGUAUGAUUAAAACCACCGAACCUAUAUGUUUAAUUUGUAUAAUGAUGAUUAUGUAAAUGGUUGAUAUUUUCUUCUUGUUAUUUUUUGAUUUAUAUGUUGUCAAUUGUUGAUUGAGUCGACUAGUUUCACUAAGCUGCAUUUUGAAUAAUAGAAUGUGAUGAUAAUUAACUGGAUGAAAACAACGGAGUAUCUCCAAAAUAAAACAAAUUUGAGAUAGGAAAAAUUAA